UAUUUUCAGUAUUGCCUCUUACUUUUUUCACUGUAUAAAUACCUCUCUCUCUCUCUGUUUCAAAUUCAACCCAAACUCAAAAUUUGAGAUCACUAAUAAACACGCUUUUACCUUCUAUUACUUCUCAACUUUUUUUUCAUUCCCUUGGUUGUCUCUCACAAAACAAUGUCUAAUAUUGUUGUUGUUUUUGAUUUUGACAAAACCAUCAUUGAUUGUGAUAGUGAUAAUUGGGUUGUGGACGAAUUGGGUUUCACCGAUUUGUUCAAUCACCUUCUUCCCACGAUGCCUUGGAACUCCCUUAUGGAUAGGAUGAUGAUGGAGCUUCAUUCACAUGGUAUAACUAUUCAAGAUAUUGAAAAUGUUCUUCAUAGAAUUCCAAUUCACCCCAGAAUCAUUCCUGCAAUUAAAUCAGCACAUGCUUUAGGGUGUGAUUUGAGGAUUGUGAGCGAUGCUAAUAUGUUUUACAUUCAAACUAUUUUGAAGCAUUUGGGAAUAAGUGAAUGCUUCACAGAGAUUAACACUAAUCCAGGUUAUGUUAAUCAACAAGGAAGAUUAACCAUUCUGCCUUAUCAUGAUUUCAAUAAAGCUUCACAUGGCUGCCCUCUAUGCCCUCCAAAUAUGUGCAAGGGUUUAAUCAUUGAUAGAAUUCAAAACACAGUUAGUGAAGUGGAUAACAAGAGGUUCAUCUAUCUUGGUGAUGGUGCUGGUGAUUACUGUCCUAGCUUGAGAUUCAGAGAAAGAGACUUUGUGAUGCCAAGGAAGAAUUUUCCAGUAUGGGAUUUGAUAUGCAAAGAUCCUUCACUUGUUAAGGCUCAAAUUCAUGCUUGGAUUGAUGGAGAAGAUCUUGAACAAGUUUUGAAGAAGUUGAUAAACAAGAUUAUGAUUGAAGAAAAUGCUAAAUUCAUUUCUAGUGAUUGCAAGCUACAGACUCUAUCAACUCCUGUCUUUGAAACCUUGCCCAAACCUCUCUCAGUUAGACCAUAGAUCUUUUUUUUUAGUUUACAAUCUUACCAAUGUAUUAUAAAGUAGUAAUAGGUUUUACUUUGUGCUACGUUUAACUUUAAUCAACUUUUUAUAGUACAGCUAAUCCUGAUCAAGAUGGAGUUGUAUUUGUAAUUGUAUCAUAUGCAAAGAUCAAUUUGCCUUUGAA